CAUCUGACGGGUAAAGAUGUCUGCUCUUCCGUUACAGCUGCUCCCCUGAACUUUGGCACUCUGUUCUUUCUUGAAAUUAGUUUACGUGCCAGCGCGUGUUCUCUGAUAACUGCUGUUCAGGCCUGUGACAGUGCACGUGGGUGUGGCGGUGCAGGUGACCUCGGUGCCUUCCCUCUCCGCUGUGUUUGAGGAGGACAGGAGACGUUCAGGAAGCGGCGGAGUCUGAUCUGAACAGAUAUGAAGGAAGCCCUGAGCCUGGUCCAGAGACUGAGCGCACACCCCGACUCCCGCUGCUGGUUCGUCAGCUGGAGUCCGAGCGGGACGCUGCUGGCCUCAUGCGGAGGCGACAGGGCCGUCAGGAUCUGGGCACGAGAAGGAGACUCCUGGGUGUGUAAGAGUGUGCUGCAGGACGGACACCAGCGCACUGUGAGGAAAGUGGCCUGGUCUCCCUGUGGGAAUUACUUGGCCUCCGCCAGCUUUGAUGCAACAACCUGCAUCUGGAAAAAGAAGAACGACAGCUUUGAGAGUUUGACUGUGCUGGAAGGACAUGAAAACGAGGUCAAAUGUGUGGCCUGGGCGCCGUCGGGCAAUCUGCUGGCCACAUGCAGCCGAGACAAGAGUGUGUGGGUCUGGGAAGUGGACGAAGAAGAUGAGUAUGAGUGUGUUACUGUCGUGAACUCUCACACACAAGACGUGAAGCAUGUCGUCUGGCACCCAAAUCAGGAGCUCCUGGCCUCCGCCAGCUACGACAACAACAUCUGUAUUUACAAGGAGGAGGAUGACGACUGGGAGUGCCGCGCCACCCUGCAGGGACACACCUCCACGGUGUGGAGUUUGUGUUUUGAUGCGACGGGAGAGCGGCUGGCCUCCUGCAGCGACGACCGCACUGUGAAAAUCUGGAAAGAGGAUCCCAGUGAAAGUGGACAGGGUGACUUGUCGUGGAAAUGUGUUUGCACUCUCUCUGGCUACCAUGGACGCACUGUCUAUGAUGUUGCUUGGUGUCGGCUCACUGCAGCCCUGGCCACCGCCUGCGGAGACGACGCAGUGCGAGUGUUCAAGGAGGACGAGACCUCCGACCCCACCCAGCCCGUCUUCUCGCUGGCCGCUCAGGUGCCCAAAGCUCACAGUCAGGACGUCAACUGUGUGUCCUGGAACCCCAAGGAGGCGGGACUCCUCGCUUCAUGCAGCGACGACGGGGAUAUCGCCAUUUGGAGGUUCCAGGAAGUGGAGUAAAUGUGAAAUAGAUGACAAAACCACUGUUACUGCAAGUUACACUGCUGUUUUUUCCCCCCGGCCAAGCUCAUUGCUCAGCUUCCAUUUACAUUUAUGUGCAGAACAGUGUUUCAGUUCAUUUUGUGGAUCUUGAGAAUAUAUUGAAAUU